AUGUCGGCCGAAGCGGGUGCUGAGGUGCCCAACCUCAACCUAAAUGCCGAGGAGAAACGAGUCUAUGGCCAGCUAUUCCGCCAAGCCGACACGGAUAAUGUAGGAGUCGUCACCGGCGACGUAGCUGUCAAGUUCUUCGAGAAGACGAGACUGGAUUCAAGGGUCCUCGGAGAGAUUUGGCAAAUAGCAGACCGAGAGAACCGCGGCUUCCUGACUCCUGCUGGCUUCAGCAUCGUCCUUCGUCUUAUUGGCCAUGCCCAAGCUGGUCGCGAACCGACACAGGAGGUCGCCCUGCAGCAGGGACCUAUUCCACGUUUCGAUGGCAUCACCAUAGCACCCGCUGCACCGCCGUCACCUGCCGCCGCACAACCCCUUCAAGCACAAGGCACCGGCGGCGUGCCUAUCCGCAUUCCACCCUUGACUCCCGAGAAGGUCUCACAGUACGCUGGCCUGUUCGAGAGGCAGAACCUACAGGGCGGCAACAUGCUCCCAGGCGACCAGGCCAAGAAUAUAUUCGAGAAGUCGGGUCUGCCCAACGAGCUGCUCGGCAGGAUAUGGCAGUUGGCGGACACGGAGCAGAGAGGCCUGCUCGUCAUGACCGAGUUCGUCAUCGCCAUGCAUCUGCUCACAUCACUGAAGACUGGCCAGCUCAGGGGGCUGCCCAACGUCCUCCCAGCUGCCCUCUACGAAGCGGCCACGAGGCGUGGCCAACCGCCGAGACAGAGCCCGACGACCGCCGGCCCCCCUCUGUCUGCCAUUCCUCGUCAGCUGAGUGGGCAGGCCCCGUUACGGCAAGCCAGCCCUCUAGGUCGCGCACCCCUGAGCGCACAAGCAACUGGGCUUCAACCGCAGACCACUGGGUCUGACUGGGCCAUUACUCCUGCAGAUAAGGCAAGGUUUGAUCUGCUGUACGCCGACUUGGACAAAACCAACAAGGGCUUCAUCACCGGAGAGGAGGCGGUGCCGUUCUUGGCCCAGUCGAGCUUAUCCGAGGACGUCUUGGCUCAGAUAUGGGAUCUGUCAGACAUCAACUCGCAGGGACUCUUGACCAAGGAUACCUUCGCUGUGGCCAUGUACCUCAUCAGGCAGCAGAGGAGCAGGAAGGACGGACUAAACACCCUCCCUAGCACUCUGCCCUCGAACCUGAUCCCCCCUUCCCUGCGAGCUCAGGUACGCCCGCCCACCGCCGGUGCCUCUCCUUUCGAUGCUCCAGAGCCACCAAGGCCUCAGCCACCACCUGCGCCCAAGUCCGCACUCGACGAUCUCUUCGGCCUCGAUUCGCCUGCCCCUGCCCCUGCGCCCGCACAAGCCCCUAUGGCUACUGGUGGCUCUGCAACAAGAGAUCCCUUUGCGAAUGCUUCGCCUGCAGCUCCAAGCUCGCCUAUCCAUGCUUCGCCAACCGGCAAUCAGUUCAAGCCAUUCAUUCCAUCCUCAACAUUCGGCAGGGCUCUACAGGCGCAAGACACCGGGGGUUCAUCCGGCUCGAAGCCUACUUCAGCGGUGGAUGACCUGCUUGGUGACAAUGAUCCGGAGAUCAGCAAAAAGCUCACCAACGAGACAGCCGAGCUUGCCAAUUUGUCUAACCAAAUCGGCUCCUUGUCAACUCAGAUGCAGCAGGUUCAAGGACAGCGUGGAGUUACACAAAAGGAGAUUACCCAAACCAGUCAGCAAAAGAAGAACUUUGAGGAUCGCCUAGCACAGCUUAGAACUCUUUAUGAGAAGGAAGCCAAGGAAGUUGCCGAUCUCAAGGACCAACUGCAGAAAUCUCGCAGCGAAACGCAGAAGCUGAUGACUGAGAUGGCAACAAUCAACCAAAGCUACCAGGACAUCCAAGGCCAACACCAGCAACUCUCAAGCGCCUUGCAGGCAGACCAGCAAGAAAACCAAAGUCUCAAGCAGAAGAUCAGUGCUGUCAAUGCCGAGAUUGCGCAGCUGAAGCCUCAAAUUGAGAAACUGAAGUCGGAUGCCCGGCAACAAAAGGGAUUGGUGGCCAUUAACAAGAAGCAACUGUCCACUGUUGAAGGGGAGCGAGAGAAGCUCAAGACUGAGGCCGAGGACCUUACCAAGAGCAACGAAGAGCUCUCCCGUCAAAUCAGCGCUGGUUCGCCGGUCGCAGCACCUGCUCAAGUGGCCAGUCCUGCUCCAUCGUCCGCGAGCGGUAAUAACCCCUUUUUCAAGCGCAGUGGAAGUACUGAUAUGAUGGGUGCUUUCGCUUCGCCCCCACCCAAAGCCUACAACGACAAGUCAUUCGAUGACAUCUUUGGCGGGUUCGGUGGUGGCAGCACAUCUAGUACACCGCCGCCGCCCGUUUCAUUCAAAGCACAGCACACUGGUACCUCAACAGCUAGUGUAGGAUCUUCUGCCGCCCCUGCCAGCUCUACUCCCACGACUACCAGCCGCCAGGCCACGUUCGGCUCUCUCGAGCCACCGCCUCCGCCUGUUUCAAGGCAGAUCAGCUCCAGUUUCUUGCCGUUUGGGGAUUUGAGCGAAUCGCGGACAUCUUCCCGCCAAGCUUCUCCUCCCUUGAGCCGUGCUGGUGAUAGCAGCACUCCAGUUGCCGCUAUUGGUACCAAGGCGUUGGAGCCUGCGUUUACAGGGGCUAGUGCAGCCUCUGUGCAAGACAACACCAAAAGUGAUGCUAAUGAUGAUGAGUCUACGCCACCUCUCACGACCAACGGUCACACCCUUGGUGACAUGCCGGGUGCAUUCCCUGAAGAGACCCCCAGAGCAGAAGAAAGUGCCGCUACUCCAUCGUUCGCCGGCAAUCGGGACAGUGAGAUCUUUGAGGGACUGAAGAAGGCGCCCAUCAACACAAAGGAUGACUUUGACUCGGCCUUUGCCAGUUUCGGCUCGUCCAGCAAACUUCAAGAAAAGCCCAAGGAGACUAACAACGCUUUCUCAACUUUCAACUCCGAGUUCCCUCCCAUCUCAGAACUAGAGCGAGACGAUGACUCUGAUGACUCGGCCAGUGAUGGAAACGGAUUUGACGAUGAUUUUGCCCCUUCUUCUCCGGCUGCUAAGAAGCAAGAGGGAAACCAGACACCCAAGGCGCCAUCGUCACCUGUUGCGACAAGCAGAUCUGCUCCUAUUCCCAAUGUACCGGCUGCGGAGGGUGCUGGCUCCGCAGGUCAUCUGAACAAUGAGCUCUCUUCUGCUUCAUCCCCGAAGGCAGCCCCGAAACCAGUUUCGGAAGAUCCUUUCGCACCUGCCUCUGACUUUGCGCCGGCUCCAACAACGGUCACCAAUACCGCACCAGUGGCGUCAAAGAACGCUUUUGACGAUUUUGAUGACGACUUCGAAGGCCUCGAAGAUGCCAAGGAGGGCUCGGCUGAUGAUGAGUUCGCUCAUGUAUCACGUUCGAAUCAUGACGACUUCAACUCCGUCUUUGAUAGCAGCCCACCGCCGUCGCAGCCGAAGAGCGAGUCCACUAACGUUUCCAACGUCUUUGGCACUGGCAGCAGUUACGACUUCGGUAACGUGUCCUCCACCUCAGGAAACCCUUCGCAAUCGGCAACAAGCGCUACACCGGCAGCACCUGCGAGCGCUGGCGCGAAGGGGGCUGAUAAUCACGACUGGGACUCCAUUUUCGCCGAUCUGGACGAGCCAAGUGCAGCAGCGAACACGCAAAUUGAAAAGCCCGGCAGCCCAGACGCUACUAGUUCAGGCCGGCCCAGCUUACAAAACGCUGGUAGGGCACUGACAAAGGAGGGUGUGCACGAUGAUCCUAUUCUGAAGAAUCUGACUGGUAUGGGAUACUCGAGGACGGACGCGCUCAAUGCGCUAGAGAAGUACGAUUACAACCUGGAGCGGGCCGCGAACUUCCUUGCCAGCCACUCGUGA